AUGCCGCUGUAUGCCACGCACGGAUUCGAAGACGUCACGGAGCACAUUGACAUUCUCGUCAUCUCCGGGGGCUCUCCUGGUCGCUUGAUGAAGCAAGAACACGAGGCAUUCAUGACGUUUCUGAAGGGGGUCGCGGAAACGGCGACGUAUGUGUUGACUCGUCGUGGGGGCGCAUCCGACGAUCAGUGGGUCCAUAAGGCGCGCUGGGUCCAAGACGGCACGAUCUGGACGAGCUCUGGUGUCACGGCGGGCAUGGAUAUGGCACACGCAUUUAUGGCGUCUACGUACGGCCAGGAUGCAGCGGAAAAAAUGGCGUGCUACAUGGAAAACGUGCCCAACGUUGAUCCUCAUGACGACCCGUUUGCCGCUAUGUAG